AUGACUUAUCAGUCAACAUACGGGAAAUAUAAAAUUCCGGAAUUCACACUACCUAUCCUAGGAGGUCAAACUCUGACUCUGAAUGAUAAAGCCAAAUAUUUAGGUCUUAUAAUUGACAGAAAACUGAAUUGGGGACCAAAUGUUGUUGCACGUACCCAAAAAGCUAUGGUUGCCUUUUACUGUUGUAGAGGCGCUAUAGGCAAAAGAUGGGGACUCUCACCGAAGUCCAUUUUAUGGAUAUAUAAUGUGGUGGUAAAACCAAUUCUCUUGUAUGGAGUGUUAUUUUGGAGAAAUACUCUGAAUAGGUCAACACUAUGCAAGAAAUUGGAAAAGGUUCAAAGGACUGCACUGAUGACAUUAAGCGGAGCGUUAAAAUCAACGCCGUCACUUGCCCUGAAUGUUAUCUUCAAUAUCUUACCUAUCGACAUCGCGGCGAAAGGCGAGGUAGCUGGGGCAGCUUUACGUAUAAGAGAACUAGGAAUUGGAAGCAGUUGUGGAUGGAUGCAAGAUUCCAUCCUCAGAGAAAUUGAUUUCAUUCCGGAUAUAACAGACUACUGUACUACAAUUACAAUUGUGGACAGAAAUCUUGAAUUAUUUAUUCCUUCUAGGGAGACAUGGGAAAACUACUCUGUAAAGAGUGAUAAUCGCCUUAACUUCUUUACAGACGGCUCAAAGUUAGAUGGACAAGUAGGAGGAGGAGUAUACUGCCCUGAACUAGAUCUCAGUAUGAGUUUCAGGCUACCGGAUCACUGCAGCGUUUUUCAAGCUGAAGUAUCUGCUAUAUUGGAAGUUUCAGAUUGGCUGAAACACAAUGUCUCCUCCGUUAAAUUUAUAAACAUAUUUACUGACAGCCAGGCAGCUAUAAAAUCCUUAAACUCGUCGACCUUCAACUCGAGGUUAGUACUGAAUUGUCUCACAUCACUUAUGGUGAUGGCUGAAUAUUUUCGGAUACGAAUUAUUUGGGUCCCUGGACAUAGGGACAUCCAAGGCAACUGUAUAGCAGAUGAAUUAGCAAGACAUGGUACGACAGCACAAAUUCUUCUGGAAAAAGAAAGUAAUUAUGAAAACCCACAACACAAAGUGCUGAAGCGGCAUUAUAGCACCUACGCACAGGAACAGGCACAGGCACAGACACUUGCAGAGGCAGAGGCAGUUGGAGAGACAGAGGCAGAUGGAGAGACAGAUAGGGAGGUCUCUGCCUCCAACAAAGGCAGUAUAUCUGCACUUCAUGUUGUUCUGCGAUAUUUGGCACUGAACUGCAUUCGAGCACCUUUGCGUGUGCAGGCAACCAGACAAAUGCACUCACAAACUCAUUUGCUAUGCUGCAGCCUGCAAUUCAAAGUUUGUUAA